AUUUAUACCUUGUUAUUUUAGGAAAAAUCAUGAAAGACAGCAGAAGCACUGUUGUUGUUGUGGGAGAUCGGGAUGAACCAAAGAACAAAUCUAUCAAGCUUUUCAAUAUACCUGUGGCUCCAGUUCCUAGCAUAUCACAGUUCCUCGUUUUGUCAUCGCUUGUAUUUAUUUUUUACCUUGUAUAUGGAUACGUUCUUGAACUGAUUUUUACUCUGGAGGGAAUGCGUCCACAUGGGUGGUACUUAACUUUAAUACAGUUUGCCUACUACACAGCUUUUGCAGCCAUCCAAAUCAUUGCAUCAGGAGAGAGUAUCAGUAAAAAAAUACCAUUAAAAGUCUACAUUGCUAUUGCUAUACUAACAGUUGGAACUAUGGGCUUUUCAAAUUCAUCAGUUGGAUAUCUAAAUUACCCUACUCAAGUCAUUUUCAAGUCUUGCAAGUUGAUACCAGUCAUGAUUGGAUCAGUAAUAAUUCUUGGAAAAUCUUACAAUUUCCUGGAAGUCUUAGCAUGCUUGUGUAUGUGCAUUGGACUCACAUGGUUUACACUCGCAGAUUCAACAAUCCAACCAAGUUUCUCUGCAACAGAAUUUCAUCAUGCCAAAGAGAAAAAGACAAGGAAAACAUCUCGCUAACAUACAGAAGAAGAAAAUUUGCUGUAAUAAGCCAAGUUAGUGAAGGAGAGAGAGAGUUGCGUAGGAAGAAGUGCCCCGUCUUGCCUAAUGCAGUGCCGCAUGCUACGAUAUAUGAGCAAAGGGAUCAUCAUUUAUGAU